AUGCAAGAUCAAGUUUAUUCCAAAGAAGAAGCUGGUGAAAUAAACUAAACCUUACUCGCAAUCAACUUCAGAAUAUCCUAAUCAGAGAGAAUAGUCGGAGGAGCAUUUGUAAAUAUUAAUGAAAGAAGCUUGCUCAUUACAGAGUUUAUGGACAAUGAGCAUUUCUCUGGUUUAGAGUCAUUAAUAAUCUAACUGAACAACUCCUCUCCUGAUUCAAAGUUCAAAAUUCUCGUAAAUAUGCCAACAGAUAUUCUCAAAGAUAAGGUUCAAGAUAUAUUGCAGAUGUGUGAGGUAGAAUAUGCACUUGGAAAUAAGAAAGAUUUCUCUUCUAAUUAAAUACAGCAUACAUUAAACUCUCUUUUGAAAGAAAGCUUCAACUACAAAUUAGAGGAAUCUGAAAUGGAACUGGCCUUAGCCGCUCUUUCUGCUGCGAUUGAAUACAUGCAUCUCAAGACGGGAAAAUAGAAACAGUUUACUUUGAAGAAAUACACAUUAAGUUAAUAUUUAAGACUAGAUGUUGCAGCAUUAAAAGCUCUAAAUGUAUUCCCGCAAAAUUCAGAAGGUAUUUCUGGUCAAGGUGGAUCUCUGUUCGGUUUACUAAGUUAAUGUAAGACUUCGAUUGGUACAAGAUUACUUAAAAAGUGGCUUAAGCAGCCAACUACAGAUAGAGAAGGAUAUUGCUAUGCAGCAUUUAAAAUCUGUAAUUAUUUAAUUUGCGUGAGCCAACAAAUAUAGUUCCCUGAUUUGGAAAAGUUAUAUGCAAAGUUCUAUAGAGUUUAAAUGAAAUUGAGAAACAAUGCCUAAUUAGUUGACUGCGUCAAAAUUUACAAUAUGAUUUUUACUCUUGAAGCAUUGUGCACAUAUCUUGACUAGAAUAUUAUGGAUGAGAAUAAUCCUUUAAGAAAGUUUGUACUUGAGCAAUUGAAAGGAACACUAGAAGAUUUCUUCAAGCUAAGAGAAAUGCUUGAAUAAUGCAUUGAUAUUUCAAAAGCUAAAUAAAACGACUAUAUUAUCAAUCCUUAAUUUAGUCCUGAUUUAAAGCAAAUUGACAAUGACAUUCACAAAGUAAAGAAGAAAAUUGAAGAUUUGAGACGCAGAGUGGAAGAUGAUUUGCAAUGCAAUAAACCAGUCAACUUAGUCGAAUCUCAAAUGCAUACAUUUAUCUUUGAGUGUGAUAAAAAAGAGGGAGAUGCAGGGAUGAGAGCUCAGAAUAAGAAGUUUACCUAUAAAAUCAUAUCAAUUAAGAACAAAAUUAUGUCUUUCUCAAUCACCGAACUUAAGGAUCUGGUGAGAGAAUAUAAUGAGUUAGAAGAUAACUACAGAGCAUUACAAAAUGAACUAGUAAUGAAAGUACUUGAAAUAGCCUCAACCUAUUAUCCUCUCCUUGAAACAGUGUCAUCUCUUAUCGCCUAGUUAGAUGUAUUGUGCGCAUUUGCGCAAGUUUCUUCUACUUAUUAGUACUCAAAGCCAAUAAUAUGUCCAGAGGGAAAAGAAUAAAUCUAUUUAAUAGAAAGCAAGCAUCCACUUAUUCAUUUCUUAGAGCCUGCCUCUUGCAUUAACAAUAAUUGCAGAAUGCAGAAGAAUAUAUCGAAUCUCUAGAUUAUUACGGGUCCUAAUAUGGGUGGUAAAAGUACAUACAUUAGAUAAGUAGCAAUCUGUGUUUUACUUGCGCACAUUGGAUGUUUUGUUCCAUGUGCGAAAGCUGAAAUCCCUAUUGUUGAUUGUAUCAUUGCAAGAGUCGGAGCAUCUGAUCACUAACUGAGAGGCAUUUCAACAUUCAUGGCUGAAAUGCUUGAAGCCUCCUGUAUGCUUAAAGUAAAUCUUAAUUGUAACAUUUUUUAGACUGCCACUAGUAAAAGUUUAAUUAUUAUGGAUGAGUUAGGAAGAGGUACAUCUACGAAUGAAGGUUUCGGACUUGCUUGGGCAAUUGCUGAAUACAUCGCAACUGAGAUAAACUGUUUCUGUUUAUUUGCUACUCAUUUUCAUGAGAUGACUGCGAUGGAGAAAGAACUUCCAAAUGUCAAGAAUAGAUAUGUUAGUGCUCUCGCUCAAGGUGACUAGUUGACAAUGCUUUAUAAAGUCAAAGAUGGUGUAAUUGAUAGAUCCUAUGGCAUUCAUGUCGCAGAAAUGCUUAAAUUUCCAGAAGAAGUAUUAAGAGAAGCUAAAGCUUUAGCCAAUGAAUUGGAAAACUUCCAAGAUGUGACAUAUAAAGCUCAAUGA